AUGGGUCUCCUGAAAACAGGCAAUGUCUACACCCUGGGACUGUACGCGAUGAUUUGGGUGCUGUGUCUUCUUGUCUCCCUGAAGGGGAUGCUGGUUCAGAGUAAUGAGAAGCCAAACUUUGGCCUUUUUUGUCCUCCUGAUCUCUACUAUCCAUCGGAAGAGAUGUUCUGUAUUCACACUUCUGGUGAUCUCGGAAAAUUCUCUCGCCUCUUAGUGAAUCUCGAGACCUCAGGUGGAACCAUAACUCUGUACACAAGUUUCCGAAACAUGCCAGCAGCCUUGCACUGCCAAUACUUCCAGGUUCCUGAGCCCUCUGAGCACACGGAGAAGGUUCAGAUUAAAGUCCAGGGAAUAGAUGCUGCCGGGGAUAAGGUACAGUUUGCCAGCAAAUCUCUGACGGUGCGCAAAAAAAGUGUGGGAACAUUCAUCCAAUCUGACAAAUCUAUCUACAAACCGGGACAAACAAGUGAGUUGUGA